UUGUUUGGCUAUAAUGGAAAAAAUUAAAUCUGUUUUUAUCUCUCAAUGUAAAGGCCACACCUUCUAGCUUCUUCUCCCCACUUUUGGUUUUCCUCACCUAAUUAGGGAAAUAUUAGCAACUUAAUUUUGUGUGAAGUAAUUCUCUAGCUGACUGAUCUCGUUGAUCAUAUAACUUGGAGGAAACGUGUUACAUUAGAAAUUCCAUGAGAAACGUCGAGAAAAAUUUCCAAUUAUCAGUGGCCUGUUUGGCUAUAGUCAUAGUAUUGAUAGGUUUGUACACUCAAUCUUUAAACAAAAUGAUUGUCACUUAUGUUAUUGGUAUGUUAGGGAUCCUUGGUGUGUUUUUACCUGAUUGGGAGUCCUUUGAUCAAAGUGUCUCGCAAUGGUGCACCCCUCUCAAGGUGGAUGACUUUACCGUCGAGUCUUGCAGAUCGGUCAGGUUCAGAUUCUAUCCAGUGAGAAUGGCUAUCUUCAUGAUUGUUUAUGGGUUUGGUCUAUACAAGUGGUGUAUAUUUAUAUCCGCUCAAUAAAUUCACUAUGCCACAAUUUCUUUUCCUUUUUAAUUAGUAAGUAUGACAA